CCCAGACGUCCCCUAAAAUUUUAUUUUUAAAUGUUGAGAAAACUAUAUCAAUUACUGAAUUUUAGGCACCCUUAAAAGUAUGCACCAGUGACUGCCUCAGUCGCCUCACCCUAGUCCUAAAUUUUGUGUACGAAGGGCAUAAAACUACGCUUUACAAAACAAACGAGCUCUUCGUAAAUGUUAUCUUAUUAUAACCUUGACUUGGAAGUUUUUGCGAAGGUUUGCGUUAUCGGCUCCUAUGGGUGCUUAUCCCCAGUAAUGCUUUGCCACGUUGUGUCCCGUGAGCCUUUGCGCCCCGCGUCCCCACUGUAUCCCAUCGUGCCCUGCGCAUUCCGGCUGCGAUUGCGUACAGCCCCGCCUUUUCCGGCGCAUCCUAAAUCAUGGCGCAGGGACAGCGCAAGUUCCAGGCACGGAAGCCGGCGAAGAGCAAAGCAGCUGCAGCGGCCUCCGAGCGCAGCCGGGGUCCGAGGAAGGGUGGUCGUGUGAUCGCCCCGAAGAAGGCGCGCAUCGUGCAGCAGCAAAAGCUCAAAAAGGACCUGGAGGUCGGGAUCCGGAAGAAGAUUGAACAUGAUGUGGUAAUGAAAGCCUGCAGCAGCCUGCCCAAGAGGCUGGCACUGGUGAAGGCCUCUGCCAUGAAGGAGGCAGCCUCUUCCUCCUCCACCAAGACGCCUUCCUAAGGACAUCAGCCCAUUGGAGGCCGUCGACACAGCCUCCAUGCUCAGCCCUAUGCAGGGGACCCAACAGUUGGCACCGCAAGGAGGAGCUGGGUUCCCCGGAGCCGUGGGUCACAUGUACCUCAAGUUUCAUUUGGGGUCCAGCCCGUGAGCAGGUGAUCAGCAGACCUGGAGUGGACUGGUCAGCUUCCCGGGGUGCCAGGGGCUGCAGAAGGAAAGGAAAUGUUCACCAACUUCCUGCAUCCCCCUCCUCCGGUCUUGUAUCCACUGGUUUAACCCAGAGCAAUAAACCAGUGAUUCCUUCUG